GGACUCUUUUUCCAACUCCUGGCUUCAACCCUCUUUCUCUGCAGGGUUUCUGUCCUCAAUCUUUUACCUCCCUAUCUAACAACGGCACCUUCUCGCUUUCUUGUUGGUUUUCCCUACAAAAAUGGUGUGCAAAAGGCAGAUAUUAGCUCGCAAACGAUUCAAGGAAGAGCACCCGGAACUGUUUCCUAAACCCCAGCCCACACAGCCACAGGAUCCGAAUAAGAAGAAGAAAAAGAAGAAGAGUAAUUUCAAGCUCAAGAAAUCAGAUUCCACUGACCCGAGCAAAUCCAGGAGACCUGCAUACAAAAAACACCCUCUCAGAGUGCCCGGAAUGAGACCCGGUGAUAGCUGUUUCAUCUGUAAAGCUGAUAAUCAUAUUGCCAAAAAUUGCCCGGAGAAAGAUCAAUGGGAAAAACACAAGAUAUGUUUGUUAUGUCGGCAACGUGGCCACAGUCUCAAGAACUGCCCCAAGAAAAGUGGAGAGGAUGUUGAUGACAAGUUAUGUUAUAAUUGUGGAGACUUUGGACAUUCUUUGGCUCUAUGUCCUCAACCACUUCAAGAUGGGGGAACAAAAUAUGCAUCAUGCUUUAUAUGUAAAGAACGAGGACAUUUGAGUAAGGAUUGUCCUAAAAACGCUCAUGGAAUAUAUCCGAAGGGAGGUUGUUGCAAAGUAUGUGGGGGUGUGACACAUUUGGCUAAAGAUUGUCCAAACAAAAGCAAUAGAAGUGAUUCUGCCAAAAGAUCAACUGGGAUAGGAGCAGUUGCAAGAGGGCAGGUGACCAAAUUUGCAAGUGGUGAUGAUCUUGAGGAUGAUUUCAGCAUGAUUGAAGAUGAUAAAGAGAAGAAGACUUUUGAGCCCAAAGCUGAUAUUGUUUCUAACGAAUCCAAACCAAAGAAGAAACAAGGAACAAAAGUGGUAAACUUUGUGGGUUAAAGAUUGAUUAAACCUUCAAUCCUUUGUGGAUGCAGUUUUGAACUCUUUAGAUAUGUUUAUUUUAUGAAUUAGUGAGAGUGUAAAAUUAAUAUCAAGAUUCAAGAGGUAGUAUAUGGUUUCCUAACAUGAUGUUGCAAACCUGAUUUGAAAAUGG